UAUAGUGUUUAGGAUACUGUAGUGUACUUCGAUGCAUAUGAGUUUCCCCAGCAAUAUUUUCAUUUUGAAAUUACCGGUGCAACAUUCUUCCUGCCUGAUAACGAAAGGAAAACCGGGAGGACACACCACUGAAAUCCUGCGUUUGAUGGAGAGUCUGUCUCUGUCCUACAGUCCUAGGCACUAUGUCAUUGCAGACACAGACAAAAUGAGUGAAGACAAGAUUCGCACCUUCGAACGUUCAAAGAAAAACACUGGGUCAGAAGGCCAGUUCACCCUCCAGCGGAUACCUCGUAGCCGGGAGGUGCGUCAGUCCUGGAGUUCUUCAGUGGUCAGCACUUUGAAUGCACUGCUCUACGCCGUUCCUCUGGUGUUCAGGCUCAGCCCAGACAUGGUGCUGUGUAACGGCCCAGGGACCUGUGUCCCCCUGUGCGCGGCAGGCCUUCUCCUGGGGCUCGUAGGACUGAAGAAGGUCCUGAUCGUCUACGUUGAGAGCAUCUGCAGAGUUGAGAGCCUGUCCCUGUCUGGAAAGAUCCUCUACCGCCUGUCAGACUACUUCUUUGUGCAGUGGUCGUCGCUGAAAGACAAAUAUCCCAAAUCCAUUUACCUAGGAAGGAUAGUCUGAAUAGACUGUAUGGUAAAAAAAAUAAAAUAAUGCAUUCCUUGGUACUGACAACUAUUUAACUAUUACAAAUAGGGUAAUUUUGUUCUGUGAUUUUCCUUAUUAUGUAAUGGUUUGCUCAGUGCCAGGGGACUUUUGUCUCUAUAUUUAUUAAUUUGCAUAAGUUGUACAAUCAUCUUCCUGUCCACUUAAUGGUAUAACAAAGUUCAGCCUAGUAUUUGUUUAGUGUGUAGCCUCAUCUGGCUACUAUGUAUUUUAUUUUAUUUUUUUAUAUGCUGACAGCUCUAAAAAUAACAUGGUGGGAAGACUAAUGCUUCAAAACCAAAACUGAGGUUGUCUGUUUUUAAAUAUGUAAUUAUAACUAUGUUUUGGAUUACUUUACAAAAGAAGGUUAAAAUCACUGUCAAGGGUUUUCAGUCAUGUUGCAAAUAAUUUGUCUAAAAUAACAGUUGAAUGCAGUUACUGUAUAUUUACUGCAACACUAAAUCUGUAGUUUUAUUUUUUUUGUAAGAAUUGCUGUACUAUCUAUUGAGACUGCCAUUGUGUUGAAGUGCAGUUCCAUUGUGAUUUGUUUCCUGUCCUUCUGAACCUAAAUCAGGAAGUGCAUCAUCUCUAAUAAGGACUGUUACUGGCUCAGGAAGCGAAGGGGAAAUACACAGUAAAUACAUUUGAAGCCAUAAAUGAUACCCUGACCAAAAGGGCUGACACAUUCA